CUCCCGAGUCCGAACGGCUGUCAGUCGGACGCGCGUCUUGGUCCGUGUUUGGUGUUCCCCUUUCUCGUCCGCUUCGCGUGGUUCCGUACGAUAUACUUUUUAUUUUUUACUAUUACGAUCGUAACGGGGAAGAAAACGUUUUUUUUUUUAUUAUUAUUACUUUUUACAAUCUUUCUUCGACUACUUGUUGCUCCAAAGUACCAACUACUGAAACCAAAUAGAAUAUUGUUACAAGCUACUGGACCAAGAAUCUAUGCCAUAAAUAAAUCGUUAACCCUUAGUACACAGCCCGGAUCAGCUGAUUGGGACCAUCAUGAUUGUCAACAUUCGCAUUGGUCCGGUUGUACUUCUUUUAAUUAACGUCAUCCAUAAUGUGCAACUGUUGGAUACUGCCGAAUUGCCGGUCAUGCAAGAACCCACUGCAAAACCUAUACAUUCUAAAGAAGGUGACUCGGCUCUUAUGACAUGCGUCGUAAGAAAUUUAGGAGACCACACUGUAUUGUGGAAAACCGAAAAUAAAGAUAGACAAGGAUUGAAGGUGUUGACUGCAGCGGAAUCUAGAAUAACCGCUGACAGAAGGUUCGAGGUUUUACACGAUAAAGGCGGUGACGUAUGGGUAUUGUCAAUCAAGAACGUCAAGUUUAACGACUCUGGGUUAUACGCAUGUGAAGUGAAUAGCGACCCCGUAGUUAGGUCGUUCCACUCGCUUUCAGUGUUGUCUGGUAACCUGGAACCACCGCCAUUUGAGAAUGGUACUGCUGCGUAUUACGGCAAAGAAGACGAAUCCGAACCGAUUGACAUAAAAAACCACAACUACACGGACUGCUGCGUAGCGAGAAACGUGAGCUUGGGUUGUCUGGGCUUUUGCAACAUACAAAGCAUAUUGGAUGGCACCACUGGACAGGACCCGGAAAACUGCGAACCGGACUUCAAGUCCAUUGUGAAAUGCAUGGCAGACGGUAGAAAUCAUGUCCCUUGUUGUGUGCAAGAAGGUAUUCCAGACAUAUGCCAAGAUGUUUGCCAAGGGGAGUACACCCCAAUCACGGAUAAUAUAAAAACCAUGGUCUCGUGUUCUCCGUAUACUGAACAGACAUUGGCAUGCAUCGUAGAGGGGAUAGAAAUUCUGCCGAGUCAACCCGAAGAUGUGCAAGUGGAUGUAAACAGCAGCUCUGUGGUAUUCGUGACGUGGGACAAACCGUCAGCCAACUCAGCAUCGGUCAAAGGAUACGUAGUCAAUGUGACCAUGCUCAGGUCGUUUGACGGCAUGAAAACGUUUCCCGACAACGACGGCAACAGCCAAUCAAUUGUCACGCCCCACAGCAUCCAAGUCAAGGUACCUGGAUCAGAAUAUGAAGUCAAAAUUGAUAAGCUUAUACCAUUUACAAUGUACGAAAUAACAGUAGUGGCUGUCAAUAAGCAUGGUUCUAGUUUACCUUCAACAGCUAUUCGUUCCCUUACGUUGAACAGUGAUCAAAAAACAUCACGUAGGACGAAUACAGAUAAUUCAACGUUACCUCCAUUGCCCGAUAUUCGAUCAUGUUGCAUGAAAAAAGGCAUUACACAUUCAGCGUGUCUAGAUAAAUUAUGUGACCCAUCGCGCUCCGACGUAGCCGAGGUUACCGAUUUAAUGAUAUGUGCUCCGUGGGCUUCUCAAACAUUCAGUUGCCUCACAAACGGUAUAGAUCACACCCCGUGUUGCCGAGCAAGAGGUCUGCCACCGUUAUGUCAGAACUUGUGCGCUGGAAAUCUCACUCAAAUUGAUUUUAGUUACUUCAAAUGUUUACGAUUCAUGGAUGACUACACUAGCUGUCUCCUUCAAGGAUAUGGCAUAGUCGCAUCAGCUCCAAGACGUCUCCGCGUUUCUAACGUUGACGUUAACUUUGCUUUAUUCCAUUGGGAACCACCAAAAGACUUGGCAGAUACCGUAACACAUUAUAAUGUGUUUUAUAGACUGGUCGAUGAUGAAUACGAUUCCAUAACUAAUGUACAUUCUCCAUUUAUUUUGGAGCAUUUGAAUGCUAAUACAUUAUACGAAGUUUACGUGGAAGCUGUUAAUGGCCACGGUGCUGGAGAGCCCUCGCAAAGGGUUGUUUUUUCAACUAAAAGCCAGAUCGCCAACGACCGGGAGCUGACCACGUCGCCGUACAAUCUGACCGACUGUUGCGUCAACAUCAAGCUGCGGCAGAUGUGCAUGCCCCUGUGCUCGUUCGACGCCAACAUGACGGACGUGAGGAGUCUCGCCCCUUUCUGCGGCGCCGAGCUGCACAAGCUGAUCAAGUGCGGCGCGGGCGGACGCAACCACGGCGCCUGCUGCACCCGCCGCGGCGUGCCCGGCAUCUGCACGCCGCUCUGUUCCGGCGUCGUGCCCGAUUCGCUGUUGAGCGUGGCGGUCAACUGCGCCUCGUUCAUCGGCAACGUCGUCCAGUGUUUCGAAGAAGGUACAGGCAAGUUACCAGGGCCAGUAGGAGACAUGCACGCGGUGAAAUUAACCAACAGCAGUGUUUCGUUGGUAUGGAAUCCUCCCAAUGACAAUAAUAACGUAACCAGUUUUGUAGUGCACUAUCAAAAAGUUAAUAAUUCCACGGUCCACGAAAACACGAUAAAACUAGAUCAGCAAAUGGAAGUCACUGAAAACUCAGUGGUAUUGAUGAAAUUGGAGACUGGGAAACUCUACAAAGUUUUUGUCGUAUCAAAAAAUAUACACGGUACCUCAUUACCGUCAUCUAUACUCUUGCUCAAUAUCACCGAAACAGAUUUGAAUGGUAAGGGUGUCGUGGGCGUUACAUCUCCACCACAUUCAUUGUCCGUUUCAGCUCACAGUGCCAACUACGUUACUAUCACUUGGCAGCCACCCGAGUUUAGUCACGUGUCCGAAGAAAUAACUUACAAGUUGUAUUGGAAAUCAGUAGCGGAAACGGUCUUCCAUCAAAUUGAUGUAGCUGUGCCCGCGUACACCGUGGAAAAUCUAUCUCCAAACUCUCAGUACAUCAUUUACAUAGUGGCCAUGUCGAAGAAUGGUAAAAGCUUGCCGUCAGAAACAUUGAUUGCGUGGACCGACCCCGCUUAUCCAGCUUUCGUCGAGCCUCCAACGGUCCAUCCAAUAAACUUGGUAAUGGAAGGCAGCAGCAUGACCGUGCUGUGCAUUGCCAUGGGUACGCCAUCACCUACCAUAUCACUGUACAUAUCUGGAAGAUUAGUCAGACAAGAGACAUCUAGACACAUGGUGACCGUUAUCCACAACGUUACACGAGACAUGGAUGAAAUAUCAUGCUAUGCAGAUAAUGGCUACGGUACGCCUAUGCAAUCAUCGAGAAAAAUCAGUAUUAGCUACGUUCCCAAAUUGGUGGCGUCGAAAAUCACCAUGGCCAACCUGGGCGACACCGUGACGCUCGAGUGCAUGGUGGACGCGCACCCCGAACCGAAAACCAUGUUUUGGAGGGAUCCACAGGGCCGGACGCCCGUGAUCCAGAGCGGCAAACACAACGUGAACGUGAUCCGGUCCAAGGAGGACUACACCAAGUUCGUCAUGGAGCUCACCAUUAGCAAGCUGACAGAGACGGACGACGGCGACUACUUCUGUCACGCCGAGAACUCGUUCGGCAGCUCCACCAAGCCCGUGUCCGUGCGCAUCAGGAACUCUGUGACGACCAACAACGUGACUCAGUGUUGCGUUCAACAAAACGUGACGGCCGGUUGCUUGGACGCGUGUUCUUCGUCAUAUUUGGACAUCAACGUGGCCAUCGGCAGAGCCGAUUGUUUCAACGAUUUUGACAAACUAAUGAAAUGUGCAUCAGAUGGGUCGGAUCACAGGGCCUGCUGUUCGGACCGCGGAGUGCCCAGACGCUGUUUGGAGUGGUGUCGCGGUGAACCCGUCAACAACAAGAUGUGCGUGCUCUCCUAUUCCAAGUCCAUACUGGCCUGCUUCCACGAGCUGAGAGACAAAUUGCCGGGGCCACCAACCAACGUCCGUUUGGAGAACGUAGACACACACACUAUCACGGUCAAGUGGGACCCGCCAGCGAAGAACCCGCAGACCGUUGAAGUAUACAGGGUAUUUUGGAGACGCGUGGGCAACAACAGCCCGCCAGAAAAGAACGACACGAAAGAAACGUCCAUGAAAAUUAGUGGGCUUAAGGACGAUUUGACAUACGAGUUGGUGCUCAAAGCCGGUAAUUCGAGGGGCAUGAGUACGCUGACUGAACCCAUUAGAUUUUCUACUGCCGAAAAGGACGUCACGUCGGCGGCUAGCAUGGGUGAAAGCCGUGCUGAUAUUGGAACUAUAUUUGGUGUAUUUGUUGCAAUUUUGAUCGUUGGAGGCAUAGUAGCUGGUGUAGUAUAUUACAUGCACGGUCACGGUAAUUUAUUGCACAAAUCAUCAAGUGGAGUCUCAUUUGAAAAUCCAAGUUACCUGAGGGAAGUCAAUAUGGAAAACAUGAACCAUACUGAUUUACCUUAUUCGGGCCCAACUAACGGACUCAAUACCGCUGAAUGGAAACAAGACCACUUGCAUACAGCCACCGAAGUGCCACCCACAUUAUAUGAAGAACUUAAACUUGGAUCGGACGGAGCUGGGUUUAAAAGAUUGAAGCCAUAGAGACUACAGGUCGGGUAAACAAAAUCCCACUUUCCCCACUCAAAAAAAAAAAAAAAUUCAUAUAUAUAUAUUUAUAUAGAAAUCAGUGAAAUCACAUUGAUUGUUAUAUGAUUAUAUACGGUAUAUUGCAUUUUAUUUUAAGCACUAUAAGGUCGCAAAAUCGUAUUUUUAAUAACACGAAAAACAAUUAUAUAUACCAUGUAUUAUAAAGGUAUGUCUAGCUUUAGGGGGGAAAAAACGGUGGUUAGGGAGAGAGACCUAUUUUGUUGAAUAACAAUUUCUACUUCAGCGUCUUUCUAAAUCGUGUCCACACAUUACUUUAGUUAUCAUAAAAAAAACCCCAAAUGAACUAACAAAUACGACACGAAGCGAUGUACCUAUCGUGUGUUUGAUGCUUACACUAAAAGGCGUUUAAAUUUAUAUUGAAAUAAUAACUGGUCAUUAGAUGAAUUUCUUUAGGGUAUUAUAAUAUAUUAUAUAUACAGUAUUUUAUGUUUGCGUGAUAUAUGUGGUAUUUAUGUAUAUGCGCCUGAAAUCAUCUUGUUUAUAAUAUUAUUAUUAAUGUAUCAUACGUAAAUAAUUCCAAUACCUUAAACACCGCUACUAUGUAUAGUCAUUGUUAGGUAUAUAAUAUUGUAAGAUGUUUUUAUUUAAGUUUAAUAUUAUUGUUUUAAAACCGUUUUGUAAAGUAAGAACAAAAAUUAUCUAUAAGACGUAUUAACGUUGGUAACCACUGUGAUCUCUAUUAUAAUAUCUAUAUUAUAUAAAAAUAUAAAUAUACAGAUACAAAAUAACAAUUCGCACCCGUCGUAUAUUAUAUAUAAUCGAAUAGAAUUACAAUUAUUGAAAUUUUAAUGAACUUGUGGUUUUUGUACAGUAUAUUAUAUAGGAUUACAUGCGAAAAUAUAAGAGUGUUUUGUUUA